UCGGCGCCAAGCCCCCCUACUAUGAGAGUCUAGUAAAAUGACAGCUGGUUGACGCUUUUGUGCGUAUCGACAACAUGAGCCAGCGUUGCAGUACUCCGUACUAGCGACUUGGAGAACCCUGCAAUCCGGUUGUCCCAUCCUCGCUAAUGCCGCCCACCGGUCAACGCUACCCAUCAUCCCUCUGGCCGUCGACGCAAGGGAGAGCCUCCUGCACAGCUCGGCACACUGCCUGACUGCCAUGUUUUCUCGGUUGACAAAGAGCUGAGUCUUGCGGGCUCCCCACACAACUCGGUGCCCUGUGUGCCUCGCACUUAUGCUCGAGCAUGCUGCCAACCCUGGUCCAUCUCUGCCAGAUACCCGUCGAUCAAAGCUGCCAUGGCCAACGGGCAUCUACCAGGUGCCAUGCGACCAGCACUGCUGUCGUUAAAACUCCGAAUAUGGGCACCGUGCUCGGACGAACCACCUCGCCUCUGGGUGUUGACCCUAGGAUCACUUUAGGAGAUCCGAUGAAGAUCUCGGACAGCGGGUUCGACUGCCGUGCUGAGCCCCCCGGUGCUAUCACGUCCAAGACCUGCACUGCUGCACAGAUCACGGCGUUAUCUUACAGUUGACUUGAGCGCAAGCGCGAAUGAUCACUAUGUACAGUCCUGCAGUGUCUUGCAAGUCCACAUCAUCUAGUCGAUGGUGUACUCGGACCCCUGUCCAUGCCUGACAGGAAGCAGGCUUGCCCUUGGACCAUGCGACCCCAUGCUCCACAGCACACACACACACAAGCGGGCGACUGCGGUGUGGCAGACACCUGUAAGAAGUGGAAGGGUUCCUCUCCGGUCUCCUAAUCAUGGGCGACAGGCACGAGCAAAGGUUACUGUACUUUGGUGACAGAUCUGCUAACUCGUUUCUGCUACCUUGCCGAUAUUCAUGCAAGCCCGGCUUUGCGGGUUGCCCUCGUGGUGGGCUGUGUGGUCCAUGUCAAGUGACAACGGUCGGACCCAUAAUCUACCAAUAUCGAAGGGCAGGGCUACAGCCAAUAUUUCAUAUCUCUUGCUUUCGUGUACUAUACCCCGGCCCUCACCGACUGUAUUCGAUCAUAAUGCAGACAAGACAGACUCUACACUCAUAAUUGCGACUCAUGCCCCGCCUCACAACAGGCUCGCGACAUGGACACUUCCCCUCUCUUAAUGUAUCUGCCGUUGACUCCACCACGGACGUCGUGCGAGCCAUCGAACCUGCUCAGAGGGACUUCCACUGAUCUACGGCUAGAGCUGACGGAAUAGAGGCCGGCUUGGACUAGGAGGUAUAUUUGGCUUGCUACCCGCUCUUGGGCGCCCGACCAGCUGGGAACCCGUUCGUAACCAUUACCCAAGGACAUCGACGGCGCGAUCUGGCGGCUUUUUUAGUGUAUACUGUCAUCUCGACGUGGGAGCGAACCAGGUGGCUGGACUUGAGUACGGCGACAAGGCCAGGCCAAAAUACCGAUUCUCGAAAGGAGGUGGCCGGCCCAUAUCUCUCGAGCCAUUGCCGCAUAUUGUGCUCCUGAUCGCUACAAGACGUAGCCUACACAUUACAACCAGGAGACAUGGCGGCAGGAUUUCACAAAUUCACCCAGUUACCUCCCGAGGUUCGCAACUCCAUCUGGGAGCUCACUCUCCCGGGGCCACGAGUUCACGACAUAUACCCUGCAUCAACAUCUCAAAAGACGCCAGCGAGUGAGGGUUUGCGUUUCGCAAAUGAGAGUACGGAGCGACCACCUGCCGCAUCAGCCGUGUGCCGUGAAUCUCGCUCCAUUAUUCUAUAUCAUUACAGGCCCCUCACCCUCAGUUCAGCGACAAAAUACGUCGACCUGUCGCGAGACAUUCUCCUCCUCGAAUCCUGCCUUCUCGAGAGGGAGCUCUACCGCGUGCUGCUCUUUAUGAGCAGGAUUUCCCAGAUCCGAAAUGGCAUACGCAGUAUUGCUUUCGGAACAUCCUACAGCGCAAGUCUCGGUGGCAUCUGGCACCCAUCGUUAGGUCGGGACGCACCAAAACCACAGACCAAGAACAGUAUGACAAAGUUCCUGCAACGGCUGUCUGUGUUCCCCAGGCUGGAGAGAGUGAUCUUUGUGCUCUACCAGGAAGCGCAGUAUGAAGUGAAGGAGCUCCCCCGAGCGGAUGCUGCCUGGGAUGGACACUUGAGCCAGAAUGCGACGUUCUAUCUGGCGGGGAUAAAGCCGCCACGAGUAAGGGACAUAUUCGGCAAAGCGGAGAAAGCCACCCACGAUUCAACGAACAAUGAGGAGAAGAUCGGAACCGACGGCCCUGAACCAACCUCGUGCACCAUGCCCUGGACACAGGAGAAACCCGCGUGGCCGCACGUCAACGAGCUCAGAUACUAUCCACCAGGCCUCGGUGAAGACCUCCACGCAGAGGAGUCGGAUGAUAGAAUUACAAAGUGGUAUCGUGGGUCGUGGUCCUGCACGGUAGACGACCUGAGGCGGUUCAGAAUGGACUGGACUCGGGCGGCAGACACGGCUCUGAAGGAGUCGCACGGUGACGAGCGGUCCCCACCCGGGUGGUGCAAGAAAAGAGGCAGGAUCCCGGAUGAAGAAGAUCUGCAGAGGCCACAGAAGAAACAGAGCAGGCAGGUGUCAGUAGAACGGCUCAGGCUGCCAACUAUGGAGACUGCAAGUCUGCUCUGGCGGUAUACACUACCGGCUAAGACAUCCUGACAUGCAGCUGGCUGUGGAAGCUGCCUGAACGACCCGCCCUCGGGGAUCAGAUGAGGAUUAGACGAGCUGCAGGUAGACAUGCAAACUGUAUUCGUACGGCUGCCUGUGAGUCCCCUUGAAGAGCAGAGUCGAGGGGGUAGAUUCGGGCCGCGCGGAGGAGCAAGUCGCCGAUGAGUGUGGAGCCCCGGACUCCGGGUCUCAAGUAAACAUUGUGUUGAUUCUUUGAGUCAAGAUCCCCUUGGCCUGGAUGAUCAGCUCGUAUAUACGCCUGAGUUUCCCUGUUUAGAUAACCCAGCAUACACAAUUGCGGAUCAAACUAUGAACCUUGCAGUCGUUCCCGUGGUAGCUUAUUGCCAUUGGAUGGUGAUAAACGAUAGAUAGAUAGAUAUGUUAGGUGGUUGGUUUGUAAGACAGGCAACACUUAUGGCUU